CAGCGCAAAAGCCCCGAGAUGAACGAGUCCACGUGAAUGCCUGCUAUUAAAACACGUAAAUACAAUAGAUUUGGCACUUUGGGUUGUCAUUAGCGUUUGUUUAGAUAGUUUAUCUUCGGUUAGAAAUGAUAACUUUUACGUGUAAGCUCAGCUGUUGUGUCUGGUUACCUCGAUAAUACCCGAUAGCUGUAAAGCACGCUGCCUCGUUUUAGUUCAAUUACAUUUGAUUUGCAGUAUUACGGACUUUCUACUUCACUAAACCACUGAACUCCAACGCUGAAGGCAUGAAUAAGCGAGAAGCUGAAGGAUGCGCGCGGAAAAAUGCUGAUGCAGCUCAGGACCGUGACUUGAGUGCCAAUCCGUCCUCACCUAUCGUUGCUUCCUUUAAAGUUUUCCAGCAGGAGCUUGACACCAAACACGACAAAUAUGAGCGUCUGGUUAAGAUCAGCCGAGACGUCACCAUUGAAAGCAAGAGGACGAUUUUCCUUUUACAUAGAGUGACCAAUGUUCAAGAUCCAGAGGAAGUUGUGAAUGAGGCAGAUGUCAAACUGGACGCAGUGAGGCAGAAAAUUGGUCUAAUUGCAGAAGAGCUGAGAGGAGAGGACAUCUAUCAGUUUCACAGAGCUUUCACUCCAGGGAUCCAGGAGUACGUGGAGGCCGUGUCAUUCCAGCACUACAUCCGCCACCGCAGCCUCAUCAGCCUGGAGGAGAUCAACGCCAGACUGGUGUUCAUGAAAGCAGAGAAGGAAGAGCCCAAGGGCGCAGACCUGCCAAUGGGAGCUCAGGUUCUCACCUUCCAGGUGACGCCUGCAGACUACCUGCUCGGCGUGGCUGACCUGACCGGGGAGCUGAUGCGGAUGUGCAUUAGCAGCGUGGGCAACGGCGACAUCGACACGCCCUUCAAGCUGAGCCAGUUCCUCAGGCAAAUCCACGACGGUUUCUCCUACAUCGGGAACACGGGCCCUUACGAGGUGUCCAAGAAGCUCCACACGCUGCGACAGAGCCUGGGCAAAGUGGAGGACGCCUGCUAUACCCUGCGCGUUCGAGGCUCGGAGAUCCCCAAACACAUGCUGGCCGACGUGUUCUCCAGCAGAAACACGCUCAUUGACACCGAGGAAGGUGUGGUGUAAGUCCUGCUCAGCCUUAACAGCACUGUUUCUGUUCUCCAUGGCGUCAUUGUCUCUAGUUUCGCUCCAGGUUCAUAUUUCUAUAUAUUCUUAAUGGGAUUUUACUGAUGUUUGACAGGUUUCGUGACGUGCUUGUUAAUUUUGUUAUUAUUAUUACAAUAAAAACAAUAGACAAU